AGGUUUCCGAGUUUAAUGUUUCUUACUCGUGUAUUGCGAGGAAAUCUGAAUUUGCCUCACUGGAACCGACGCGUCUGGGAAAUUGGUUACAGUGGAUCGCCCUUACCGAAGAAAAAGGCGACAGGGCGACCAGACUAUCCUGUGUCACCUGCUCAAGUAGCUGUAUUACGAGAGCGAUUUGACCGAGAAUGGAAUGUGAUGAAACUUCUGUGUAGACCGAACAUCACCGCGAAUGUGGAGGCCGAUUAUUUCGUCUCAAAAGGAGUUUCUGGUCACGCCGAGAUUCGAAAUGAAGUACAAGCAAAACUCGAUUCUGAGAGGAUGCCUGGAAAGGUGAAACGAACGAAAGGCUCCAAGCAUUCUGUCAGACGACGCGGAAACAUAGGAAAUCUUCUACAUACUCACAGAACUGUGGAGGAAUCCCUUGCCGAACUUAUUGUUAGAAAUCGAUGGGAUUAGUCUGAGUGAUCGCAAAAACCAGACAUCUCUGAAUUGUUUGUAUUGCCUCAGUGUAAACUCUCAUUUAAUGUCAAAAGAUACUUCAUCAAAGUGUAUUUAUCCACUGAAACUGUGUACCAUCUACUUGCAUUGCCGCAUCACAGUCAGGUGUUCUAUAUGAACACUCGUAAACUUGAGA